AUGUUUCCCGAAGGAUCUGGCUCACAGCAUCCAUUCUCUUCCCGCAGGAAUCAAUCAAAUCUACUAUUCACAGCUUCGCAAUCGAACGUUGGACUUUUGUCUCCACUAGUCCAGUCAGUGGAAUCUCCCGACUUUUCACACAGCGUUCCCGGACCAGACUCUCACUGGCCCAUCCAGCAUAUUCAGAGCUCGAUCUAUGCACCGGGUGGCUCGCAAUCAACACAAGGAUUUGCACUGUCACUGCCCGCGCAUCAUUCAACAACGCUGAAUACCAGCACGAGUCCGCUUCACACUCUAGAUUCGAACUAUCCACCUACAGAGUCCACAGCGCAGGGCUAUAUCGAGGAUAAAUCUCCGGUUAAAGAAGAAAUUGGAACAGAAGAUUCACACCUUGGCAUUCCAUCAUACCCCAUGUCAGUAGUACCAGACUCUUAUUUUGCUGGCCCAGUGCAGCAAAAUACUCGCCAAUAUGCGUGGACAAACCGACCUUAUCAACCUUCGCAACCAGAACAAAUGAGCCCGCCAUUUCUAUCUUCACAUCCGUCAUACCCUGCAUCGGGCUAUCCGAUGGGUUAUCCCAGUCACCCAAAUGGGCCUCCGCAUGGGUACCAACAGCAAGAACACCAAUUACCGGCCUCUUAUCUCGCACCUUCCCGUCACAGUGAACCUCGAAGUUUUAGUUCACCUCUCCCCCAUCCCUUCCACCCUCAAUCUGCUUCCGUCACUCCUCAGUCCGAACAGCCUCUCAUGACGUCUCCUUCCGCUUAUAUGAUAAACCAACAUGCCUACUACUUCCCCGCCACACCGGACAUGCCAUCGCACCCAACCUCCAUCAGCUCUCAGCCACAAUCGAUGGUCCCCGAACCAAUGUACUCUUCACCAGAAUCAGCCGCCGCUACUGAUUCUGACCGUCCAGCAGGAGUAUCCAGCUUGCGCCCCCGACCACAAUGCUGGGACCAUGGCUGCAAUGGUCGUGAGUUCUCAACAUUCAGCAACCUCCUCCGCCACCAGCGAGAAAAGUCAGGGGUGGUGGCUAAGGCUGAAUGCCCAAUAUGCGGUGCGGUAUUUACACGUACGACAGCACGCAAUAUCCAUGUUGGGCAGGGCAAGUGUAAAAGCUCGGGCAGAGAUUCAUCUGCUGAGUAG